AGUAUUAACAUAAAAAAUCAUAUGGAUUUCAUAGGAAUCGCAAAGGUUCUUCAAGAAACCCCAAUUUCUCCAAAGCUAGGGGUUUUCUACUACAAGAUUACAAAGGCUUGGACUUAGCUCCAAUAUGUUAAGCGGAGAGCUACCAAGAAGCAUAUCUGAAUGCGCACAACUUCAAGUCCUAUUGUUGUUUCAAAAUAACAUUGUUGGAACAAUUCCAAGAGAAGUAGGUAACUUACUGCUGCUGCAAUAUUUGGAUCUUGGACAAAACAGGUUAGAAGGCACAAUUCCAGAUGAGAUUGGUCAUCUUCAUAACUUGAAGGAAUUGAGGAUGGAACAAAACGCAUUAACGGGGUCAAUCCCUUUAAUCAUAUUCAACAUUUCAUCACUUGAAGUUUUAUCAAUGUGGAACAACCAGCUUGAAGGACCUCUACCAAAAAAAGUUGGAAAUUUGACUAUGCUUAACAUACUUGAUCUUGCAAAUAAUACCUUGACAGGUGUAAUUCCAGAUGAAGUUGGUAAUCUUCAAGAGUUGGUUGGCCUUACAUUGUAUCUCAAUAACUUUAGUGGAUCUAUCCCUAUUGGUAUCUCCAAUAUCUCAACCCUUAGAGCUAUUUCCCUCACAAAUAACCACAUUUCAGGUAAACUUCCUUCCACUAUAGGCAAAGGGUUACCUAAUGUUGAAGGAAUUUAUCUAUUUGAAAACAACAUUAAUGGUGUUUUACCUUGUUCCAUCUCAAAUUUGUCCAAGCUUGCUGUUCUCGAACUCGGUGGAAAUGUUCAAUUCCUGAGUCUUUAGGAAAUUUAAGACAACUUGCAAGUCUCAACUUGUAUGGUAACUCCUUCAAAAGUGACUUGAGCUUUAUACGCCUUUGGCCAAUUCAAAACACUUGUAUAGAUUGAUAUUGUCUUUCAAUCCCCUAAAUUCAAUGCUUCCGAAAUCCAUUGGCAAUCUUUCUUCUCUUCAAAUGUUUGAGGCAAUAGGUUGUAACCUCAUGGGCCAUCUUCCAAAUGAAAUUGGAAAAUUGAGAAACUUAUCUUCUUUGUUCCUGGAAGAUAAUGACUUGACUGGCGUUGUGCCAACGGCAAUAACUUCUUUGAAAAAACUUCAACGGCUUUCACUUGGUGCAAACAGAUUGAUUGGUUCUUUCCCAAAUGGUUUGUGUGAGCUAUCCAACUUGGGUUUGCUAAAUCUUUCACAAAAUCAAAUGUGGGGAAGUAUUCCGAGUUGCUUAGGGGAUGUGACUUCUCUAAGGGAGAUUUAUCUUGAUUCCAAUAACUUCACUUCUAACAUACCUUCAAGUCUAUGGAACCUCAAAGAUACUUUGAAGCUGAACUUGUCUUCUAAUUUCUUCAAUGGGUCUCUACCACUAGAAAUUGGAAAUCUCAAGGAUGCAAUACUUUUGGAUCUUUUCUGGAACCAAAUCUCAGGCAACAUUCCUAGUACAGUGGGAGGUCUACAAAAAUUGAUUCAAUUAUCAUUGGCUCAUAACAGAAUUGAAGGAUCUCUUCCUGCCACUAUUGGGAAACUCGUAACUUUGGAAGCAUUGGAUCUUUCAUAUAACAAUAUGUCUGGUGUGAUCCCAAAGUCAUUAGAGGCACUUAAGCAACUAGGCUCCUUUAAUGUCUCAUUCAACAGGUUACACGGGUAAAUUCCAAAUGGAGGACCGUUUGUUGAUCUCCCUUACCGGUCUUUCAUGUCGAAUGAAGGAUUGUGUGGUAACCGUCAAAAGCAUGUCCCAGCUUGUCCUUCUAAUUUAAAGAAAAGAAGACUGAUAUGGAUUGUAGUUGCCUCGUCAGUUAUCUCUGUAAUAGCGCUUGCUUCAGCAAUAGUUUUCAUGUUGAUGAGACGUCGGGGUAAAACAGUCAAUGCUGAAGAUGAGUGGUUGCCCGAAGUAGCACCACAAAGAAUUUCUUACUACGAACUUCAAAGAGCAACUCAGGGCUUUGAUGGAAAUACCUUGCUAGGUAGUGGAAGUUUUGGUUCUGUUUAUAAAGGGACAUUGGCAGAUGGAAUGAUAGUAGUUGUUAAAGUUUUCAAUGUGCAGAUGGAAGGUACAUUUCAAACAUUUGAUAGAGAAUGUGAAAUCUUGCGUAAUCUUCGUCACAGAAAUCUCACUAAGAUCAUUAGCAGCUGUUGUAACUUGGAUUUUAAAGCAUUGAUACUUGAGUACAUGCCAAAUGAGAGUUUAGACAAAUUGCUAUAUUCUCGAGAUUAUUGUUUAAAUAUAAUGCAAAGAUUGAAUAUCAUGGUCGAUGUUGCAUCUGCUCUGGAAUAUCUCCAUCAUGGUUAUUCAGUACCGGUUAUUCACUGUGAUUUGAAGCCUAGCAAUGUCUUACUUGACAACGACAUGGUUGGACACCUGAGUGACUUUGGCAUUGCGAAACUUUUAACUAAGGAAGAAUCUAUUGCUCACACUACAACCUUUGCAACAAUUGGUUACAUUGCUCCAGAGUAUGGUUUGGAAGGCCUUGUAUCCAAGACGUCUGAUGUUUAUAGUUAUGAUAUCAUGCUGCUGGAAGUUUUUACCAAGAAGAAACCUAAUGAUGAAAUGUUCACUGGAGAUUUGAAUUUGAGAAGCUGCGUGCAUAAUUCGCUUCCUGAUGAGUUGCAUCAAAUCAUAGAUACUGACUUACUAACAUUGGAUGAACAAAACUUAAGUCAAAAGCUACAAUGUCUGACAUCUAUCAUGGAGUUAGCCAUGAAUUGCACAGCUAAUAUUCCAGGUGAAAGGAUGAACAUGACUGAUGUUGUAGCAGCAUUGAAAAAGAUCAAACAGCAGCUUUCUUCCUAUUAUUGAACGACUAAACGACGUAACAUCAGUGUCAUUGCAGGAGAUUGUGUGACUAUUUGAAGUUAGAAGGAUGGAAGCUACAAUUUUGUAGAGUACUCUACAAACAUCACAGCCAUGUUUGUAGAGUGUUCAUGUGGCCAGCAUUGUGUCCAAAAAUAUUAGUAGCAUUACAUUCCAUAGUUUUUCUACCAAAUGUAGUUCCUAAGAUGUCUGCCCAUAAUGCAUAAUUAGAAAACACCGGAGGAACUGUC